AUGGGCACCAAGUAUGCAAGUGCCUCAGUCUGUCCCCUACAGAGUAAUGGCCAAGCCAAAGCGGCAAACAAGCUGAUCUUAACAGCCCCGCAGAGAAAGCUGGAGGAGCACAAAGGCUUAUGGGCUGAUUUUGUCCUAGAGGUGUUAUGGGGAAAUAGAACCACUAAAAAAGAAUCUACCGGAAAAAGCCCUUUCACUCUAGCUUGUGGGGCUAACGUAGUUGUCCUAGUGAAAGUGCUAAUUCCCAGCCUGAGGAUAGAACACUAUGAGCCACAGGGAAAUCAACAGCGCAUGCUGAAGGAGCUAGACUUCCUCCUUAAGUAA